CACAUAAUCUUGUCAGAGCUACUUGGAUCUCUCUCCUUGUCUCUUAUCGUCUUCCUCAACCCCCAUCACUCACUCAAUGAGCUAUAGCUAGCUGUUCCUCUCCUACCUUCUUCUUCUUACCUGCACCAGCCGCAAGCUCUAGCUCUUUUCCUUAUAUAUAAAGGCCAGAGCUUUGUGAAAUCCCUCCCUGGCCUCCUACCUCACUUCUUCUUCUUUCCAUCCGGCGAGAGAUAUACUACUACCAGUACCAGCAAUGGGGUUCCCGGUGGUGUACUCGGAGAUGCCGAGGCUGCUGCUCCACCUCCUCUUCCUGCUCGGACACCUCCGCCGCGUCUCCUCCUGGCUGCUCCGCCUCGCCGGAGCCGACGUCGUCGACUACUACCAAACCACCACCUUCGAUGCCUUCCCCGACGACAACCACUACCACGAGCCUGCAGCCAGCUGCGCCGGUGGCCUGGAGCUGGAGGAGCACUCCCCGGCCGUGCGCUUCGACGAGCUCUCCUCCGGCGUCGCCGACACGCCGCUGCCGGAGGGCUGCGCGGUGUGCCUCGGCGACUUCCACGGCGCCGCCAGUGUGCGCCGGCCGCGCGGGUGCCGCCACGUGUUCCACCGCGGCUGCCUCGACCGCUGGGCCGCGCACGGCCAUCGCACCUGCCCGCUCUGCCGGGCGCCGCUCCUCCCGCCAGAGCAGCCAGCACCGGCGUCUCUGUUUGGUCCCGUUCUCCUGCCCAUGCCGAUGCCGCUCCCGGC